AUGUGCCACAACGAAGUUGAACUCAACGGCUGGACUAGCGUUCCUGUCAACGCUGGUGCCAUCUUCAAGGAUCAGCCUUUCAUCGCCGCACCUGGCCCUCUCUCGAUUGACGAGAUCAAGUUUCCUUCCGACGAUCCCGUUGUUGCAAAGACUCAGGAGUAUGCUCAGGCCGUUCUCCAUCCACAGACCUUCAAUCACUCGAUGAGAGUGUACUACUAUGGGAUGGCUAUCGCCAAACAACAGUUCCCCAAGCAAGCCGCUACUUUCAGUCCUGCUACCUGGGCGUUGCUCUGUCUUCUGCACGAUCUCGGUACCGCCGAGGAGAACCUGACGGCUACCCGGAUGUCCUUCGAUCUCUACGGAGGCAUCAAAGCUCUGCAGGUCCUCAAAGACUUCGGCGCUACAACUGAUCAGGCCGAAGCAGUCGCCGAAGGGAUUAUCAGACACCAGGACAUGGGCGUAGACGGGACCAUCACCUUCUUCGGCCAGCUCAUCCAACUAGCGACCCUGUAUGACAAUGUGGGUGACCACCCCCACGUGAAGGACUUCAGCAGGAUCCUGCACGAUACCACUCGAGAGGAGGUCAACCAGGCGCACCCGCGACAGCGCUGGUGCUCGUUCUUCGCGGACGUUAUCCGGAAGGAGGAAACCGUCAAGCCUUGGUGCCAUUCCACGCAUAUUGUAGAGUUCGACAGUCAGGUCGAGGGGAACACUCUGAUGAAGAAGUGGGAGUGA